UUUACGUCACAGCACUAGGAAGAGGUCGCGCGCGACCUUGUAGCAAAGCCGCGCGCAGAAAUCAGCGAAGCACCACCAUGUCGCUCCAAGCCGCAGUCUCGGGAUUACCCACCCCGGCGUUCAGCUCUGCACUGCGGCUCUCUAAAGAUCAGCUGAUGAUUGCGGUUCCUGUUGCAGUGGCCGUGGGUGCAGGAACAUACCUGCUCAUCAGGUACUUUAGCAGCCGGAGAAGUGAAGGGAAGGUUAACCUGGAAAUCAGCAAGGACAGCUCCAAGGUGGUGCACAGCUUCGACAUCGAGGACAUUGACAAGAAGGCCGUCUACUGCCGUUGCUGGAGGUCCAAGAAGUUCCCCUACUGCGAUGGCGCUCACAACAAACACAACGAGGAGACCGGAGACAACGUGGGUCCACUGAUUAUCAAGAAGAGGGAUGCCUGAGAGCCUGUUCAUCACCCUGCUGCUCCUGCUGCUGUGUGGAAUUUACUGACAAAAGGGUUGUGUAAUUUUGUUGUGUGUAUGUGUUUAGGUUGCCUCUUUAACUUCAUUAUUGCAUAAGAUAAGAAAAAGACUUUCCAGUAAAAUCCACCACUAUCAUCAUCUGCCACACUAACGAUGUGUGAAUAGAAGCAGUCGUGUGAACUGUGACAUCACCUGCUGAGAAACCACCAGGACCUUACCAGGUUUUCAGACUGUCAUUGCUGCUGUUGUCUCUCUUGCCACUGUAUCUGCCUUUAUCAUAAACUACAACAGAAUGG